UCCGGUCCCGGCGGAAGUCCCGCUGGCAGACCGGGAAGUAGCUGAAGGCUGGGAGAUGGCAGUUUUGGAGGCCCCGCUCCCGGGUAGACCCGAGGCCACGAUGCCCCCGCGGUAGACCGGACCAGUGUGGCGGGGUUCGGGUCCCGAGCAGGGAUGGAAGGGUCUAAGACAACCAGCAGCACCAUGCAGGUGAGCUUCGUGUGUCAGCGCUGCAGCCAGCCCCUAAAACUGGACACGAGCUUCAAGAUCCUGGACCGUGUCACCAUCCAGGAGCUCACAGCUCCAUUACUUGCCACAGCCCAGGUGAAACCAGGAGAGACCCAGGAGGAAGAGGCUAACUCAGGAGAGGAGCCAUUUAUUGAAACUCGCCAGGAUGGUGUCUCUCGCAGAUUCAUCCCCCCAGCCAGUCCAUCCAGGCCAACCUUCGUGCUGAGUGCCCCUGUGGAAGACCAGCAUGGCCUUCCCUUGGGAGAGAGGAUGAUGUCUACAGAAAGUGCCAACAGCUUCACUCUGAUCGGGGAGGCAUCUGAUGGCGGCACCAUGGAGAACCUCAGCCGAAGACUGAAGGUCACUGGGGACCUUUUUGACAUCAUGUCAGGCCAGACAGAUGUGGAUCACCCACUGUGUGAGGAAUGCACAGAUACUCUUUUAGACCAGCUGGACACUCAGCUGAACGUCACUGAAAAUGAGUGUCAGAACUACAAACGCUGUUUGGAGAUGUUAGAGCAAAUGAAUGAAGAUGACAGCGAACAGCUCCAGAUGGAGCUAAAUGAGCUGGCAUUAGAAGAGGAGAGGCUGAUCCAAGAGCUGGAAGAUGUGGAAAAGAACCGUAAGAUAGUGGCAGAAAAUCUCGAGAAGGUCCAGGCUGAGGCUGAGAGAUUGGAUCAGGAGGAAGCUCAGUAUCAAAGGGAAUACAGUGAAUUUAAACGACAACAGCUGGAACUGGAUGAUGAGCUGAAGAGUGUAGAAAACCAGAUGCGUUAUGCCCAGAUGCAGCUGGACAAGCUGAAGAAAACCAAUGUCUUUAAUGCGACCUUCCACAUUUGGCACAGUGGACAAUUUGGCACAAUCAAUAACUUCAGACUGGGUCGCCUGCCCAGUGUUCCUGUGGAAUGGAAUGAGAUUAAUGCUGCUUGGGGCCAGACAGUGUUGCUGCUCCAUGCACUGGCCAAUAAGAUGGGUCUGAAAUUUCAGAGGUAUCGACUUGUUCCCUAUGGAAACCAUUCAUAUUUGGAGUCUCUGACAGACAAAUCUAAGGAGCUGCCGUUAUACUGUUCUGGGGGGCUGCGGUUUUUCUGGGACAACAAGUUUGACCAUGCAAUGGUGGCUUUCCUGGACUGUGUGCAGCAGUUCAAAGAAGAGGUUGAGAAAGGCGAGACACGUUUUUGUCUUCCUUACAGGAUGGAUGUAGAGAAAGGCAAGAUUGAAGACACAGGAGGCAGUGGUGGCUCCUAUUCCAUCAAAACCCAGUUUAACUCUGAGGAACAGUGGACAAAAGCUCUCAAGUUCAUGCUGACAAAUCUGAAGUGGGGUCUUGCUUGGGUAUCCUCGCAGUUUUAUAACAAAUGACUGACUUUCUUUUUUCCUUAGGGGGCUGUUUGCCUUAAGGCUUUAUUUUGUUUUGUUUGCAAAAAAAAAAAAGUUUUAAAUUAAAUUCGGGUACUAUUAAGCAGCACAUGUUUACAAUACCAAAAAAAAAAAAAAUCCACAAAAGCCACUUUAUUUUGAAAUAUCAUAUGACAUAUAGUGUGCAGAGCUACAACAUGCCAUGUAUAGCGACCAGCCUUUGUCAUAGUUUUGACUAUUAACCCAAUGCCUUCCUUUCCUUCUGUCCCCUCAAAACAACUAAUUUAAGUUUGCUUUUUUUAAAAAACUGAGUUGAAUUGAGAUUGAUGUGUUUUCACUGGAUUUUAUCUCUCAACUUCCUGCACUUAAAAUAUGAAAUAGAAACUUCUGUCUCCACUGAGACAACGAUAUGUGUGAGAUGCAGUUGGAUAAUGUGAGAAAAUGACAUAUAAGCUUUGGUCACCUUGUGAUGUGAUCAGAAGCUUGAAAUUUAACACUUCUCACUCGGUUCUAGUACUGAAUGCUUACUCUGCUCUGUGUUAGAGAUAUGAAACAAUGUUUGAUACUGUUUGAGACAUUAUGGAAAGAUUUAAUUAUUUGUAAUAAAAGAUUUACUGAAGUCUGAUAA